CGUCCGCCUGCCUGUGCGCAACCCGCAACCGCGCAUGCUCCGUGGCCACGCGCUGCGGCCGCCGUGCACGCCCGCGCACCGGCAACUGCUCUAUAAACCCCACCAGUGUCCACCACGCAUCUCGGCCCUGCGGUUGCCCAUGCAUCCUGCAUUUCUGCUGCCGCUGCUCCACUACUUCCCCUUCCUCGUCGCCCCAUCGCCGUCGUUCUCCGAUCCUUCCGUCGCCCUAGCUAGCUAGGCACCUCGGUCGUCGUUGGUCCGUCGGCUUGGCUGGUGGUUUCUGCGGCAGCGGAUCGACCGGCCGGGCGGCAUGGGCGAGGACAGGGAGGAGGGGGCGGCGUGGCCGGCGGCGUCGUGGCGGCUCAACGUCAACGACUUCCAGCAGAUGCCGGAGCGGCCCAAGGAGCGGCCCUUCGUCACCAGGGUCUUCCUCCGCAGCAGCCACGGGAAGCAGAGGAAGAUUGCAAAGUACUACAAGAAGCAAGAGAAUCUACUGAAGGAUUUCAGCGAGAUGGAGACCAUGAAUGAACUUGGUGGCUUAGAUCAGAAUGGUCCUUCCGAGGAAGAGCUAAGGCAACUGGCAAAGAGCGAAAGAUUUGCUAUUAACCUGUCGAAUAUAAUCAAUCUCAUCCUUUUUGUUACGAAAGUCGUUGCUUCUGCCGAAAGUUUAUCCAUGGCAGUAAUAGCAUCGACGCUGGACUCUCUACUGGACCUUCUGUCAGGUUUCAUUCUUUGGUUUACAGCGCAUGCUAUGAAAAAGCCAAACAAGUACAACUACCCAAUUGGGAAGAGGCGCAUGCAGCCAGUGGGCAUAAUAGUCUUCGCAUCAGUGAUGGGCACACUUGGCUUCCAAGUGCUGAUCGAAUCAGGGCGCCAGCUCAUCACGCAGGAGCAUGCGAAUUUCAAGCGCAAGCAGGAGCUCUGGAUGGUGGGCAGCAUGUCCUCGGUUGCGGUCGUGAAGUUCUUCCUCAUGCUCUACUGUCGGACCUUCAAGAACGAGAUCGUGAGGGCUUACGCCCAGGACCACUUCUUCGACGUGAUCACCAACUCGGUCGGCCUGGUCGCGGCGUUGCUCGCCGUCAGGUACAAAUGGUGGAUGGAUCCCGUUGGUGCCAUAUUGAUCGCGCUGUACACGAUCACGACGUGGGCGCGGACGGUGCUGGAGAACGUGGGCACGCUGAUCGGCAAGUCGGCGCCGGCGGAGUACCUGACGAAGCUGACGUACCUCAUCUGGAACCACCACGAGGAGAUCCGGCACAUCGACACGGUGCGUGCCUACACCUUCGGCACCCACUACUUCGUGGAGGUGGACAUCGUGCUCCCGGGGGCCAUGCCGCUCAGCCAGGCACACGACAUCGGCGAGUCGCUGCAGGAGAAGCUGGAGCAGCUGCCAGAGGUCGAGCGCGCCUUUGUCCACGUGGACUUCGAGUUCACGCACCGGCCCGAGCACAAGGCCGAGGUCUGACCAGUUGUAGAGCUACUUCCCUCGGAGCCCAGACCAGUUGUAGAGCUGCCGCAGAUCUGAUGACAUAAGUACUUGUAAGACGAAGUGCAACAUCAUUUCUUAAGCCCUCAACUCUUAAAAGGACAUCUAGAUGUUUUUGUCGUGUGAUGAAAUUUGGAAUACCUAUA